AUCAACUUAAAAACAAUGGCUUCAACCUUCCGGGAAAGAAGCUGUGCUGUGCCGUGCGGUGCGGUGCCGUCCCUACCCCACCCCCACCAGCAGGAGCAUCCAAGACACCUACCUUCCAGGAGCAGGAGGAAAAUGUCUCGUUUGCUAGGAGUUUUCAAAAACCAAAAACAGGUGACAAGAUGUUUUAGUAGUGCUGCACAGACAGUAACUUUAAUCCCAGGAGAUGGCAUAGGACCGGAGAUUUCUGCUGCUGUUAUGAAGAUUUUUGAUGCUGCUAAAGCCCCUAUUCAGUGGGAAGAGAAAAAUGUUACAGCUAUCCAGGGACCAGGAGGAAAGUGGAUGAUUCCGCCAGAUGCCAAAGAAUCCAUGGAUAAAAACAAGAUGGGACUGAAAGGACCUUUAAAAACUCCAAUAGCUGCUGGUCACCCUUCGAUGAAUCUGCUGUUGCGUAAAACCUUUGAUCUCUAUGCAAAUGUUCGUCCCUGUGUCUCAAUUGAAGGAUACAAAACCCCUUACACUGAUGUAAAUAUUGUCACAAUUCGAGAAAACACGGAGGGAGAAUACAGUGGAAUUGAGCAUGUGAUUGUUGAUGGUGUUGUGCAGAGUAUCAAACUUAUCACAGAAGAAGCAAGCAGACGUAUUGCUGAGUUUGCUUUCGAGUAUGCCAGAAACAAUCAUAGAAGCCAUGUUACUGCAGUGCACAAAGCAAACAUUAUGCGAAUGUCUGAUGGCCUUUUUUUGAGAAAAUGCAGAGAAGCUGCAGAAAACUAUAAAGAUAUUAAAUUUAAUGAAAUGUACCUAGAUACUGUGUGUCUGAAUAUGGUACAGGAUCCAUCACAAUUUGAUGUGCUUGUUAUGCCAAACCUGUAUGGUGACAUACUAAGUGACUUGUGUGCUGGUUUGAUCGGGGGCCUUGGAGUAACACCAAGUGGGAAUAUUGGCGCUAAUGGAAUUGCAAUCUUUGAAUCUGUUCAUGGAACAGCACCAGACAUUGCAGGAAAAGACUUAGCAAAUCCAACUGCCCUUCUUCUGAGUGCUGUGAUGAUGCUUCGGCAUAUGGGACUGCACGAACAAGCUGCAAAAAUUGAGACAGCGUGUUUUGAUACUAUUAAAGCUAGAAAGGUACUAACAAAAGAUUUGGGAGGUAAUGCGAAGUGUUCAGACUACACGGCGGAGAUCUGUCGCAGAGUACAGGAUAUUGACUAAAGUUUCCUCCUCACUGAUGUUGCAGUCACUCCAAAUGGACACAUUACAAGUACAUUAUAUAGUCAUCUGCAAUUCAUAUGCAUUUGGUUUUUCUCGAGAGCAAACUUUUUAGGUGGGCCCAUUUUUAAAAUAAAUUUAGCCCAAAUGGAUACAAAUAACUCCUGUGCUUGCUUUCAGAGGACUUUUCCCAAGUACUUUGUUUUAUUUAUUUAUUACUUGACACUGGUGGAACUUUUUUUAAUAAGUGGAUUCAUUUACUGUAUCACUUGCAAUUGUUUACCAUUUACAUUUCAAUUAAGUAGUUUUACUUCUCACAGGACUUGCUGUAAAUAUCAAGAUGACUGAAUUAGCAUGAUUACAAAAGCACCUUUAAAAAAGCUUAUCUAUUUUAUUGGUCUUGGAACAAAACAGGCUUUUUGGCCUUAAAAAUAGCACAAGAUGACACUUUUUUGUAAACAAAUGGGUACAAACUUAUUAGGAAUGUUGUAUCAAAAGCAAUGAAGAGACACUUUCUGGUGCCAUGAUGUUCCAGAAAAACAAAAAGGCCUCUACAUGGAUGAAUAACGACUUAAAAUCCUACAGACUUUUAAUCCAUUAAAAUAUUUUUUCUGCAAUAAAAAAUCAAGUAAUCAAAACAGGGGUGAGAAACUAGUUAAGUAAAAUUAUCAUACAAAGGUAUGUAUCCAAAUAUUCUUUAGCUCUGAGAGGAAGACUUAUUUAUUUCACAACAGAGCUCUCAAGAGUAGAUAAUAAAAUUCCUUGACUUUCACUCUUUAAUGGGAGGAGAAAAUAUAUAUAUUUUCUGUAGCUUUGUCCCACAGUUUUUCUCUUGUACUUUUGUUUCUGCGUGUUAAUUGGCUGUUUGGAGAUAUUUAACUGUAACUUUCUCAAAUUGUGAAUGUAAUCCGCUAGAUGAGGGAUUACUACAGAAUUUGAAACUGGGUAUUAUCUAGUACAAUGAUCUAUAAUAUGGCUGUGGUGCUUGAUAUUUCUGGAACCUAUCAUCUGACUUCACUGUAUGGAUGAGAGGUUUCCAGGCAUUUCCUCACUGAGUCUAGCAAAGACCAUGAUGUUAAGUCCCCUUCUCAUUUCCAUAUGGUGAUAUCAUGGUCACUUGACAAAUACUGUCCUAAAUGUCUUAGAGUAGCUCCAUCUCUACAACGUUUAACAUACAUAUAAAUCAAAAACUUCCUUGCUGUGGUUCUGAGCUGUACCCCUAACUGUAGUCCAUUUAAUUCUGUCUAUAGGUUCCAUGCCACUGACUUAACUAAUUUCCUCAUUAAUUCUGGUGGUUUCUGAAGCAAAACUGGGCGAGGCAAAACUAAUUGACUUUGCAUUGCAAAAUAAGCAUCCCAGCUUCCCAUGAGGGUACAAAGAUUUUUUUUCUUGUGCAUUCAUAACUGCUUUUGAAUGAUAACUUGGAAUAUGAUGGGACAGACUUGGGAGCAGAGGUUGAUAUGAAUGUGCAUAGUGUGGUUGCUGCUCCCUUGAUUCUUUUGUAUUCCGCUAAGUAAGCAACUGAGUUACUAUUACGCACAAAGUGAGAAAAUAAAGACUUCCCAAAGUCAUA